AAGCCGCGCUGCUGUUGCUGCUGUUUCUGGCUGCGUUACGCACGCGCAGACGGAUUUAUCGGACUUUCAUUUCUGCGAGUUUUGCGCAGAAAUGCGACGUGAGCGGCUCACCACAGAGAGUCUGCCGCAGAUAAAAAUGCUGCUUCAUUGUAGUUUGUUUGAAACCUGCAAAGCAUCAGCUCGGCCUGUUUGAUAAAUACUUACUUGACUUUUCGGUUUGUUUCCCUCCUCUGAAGAGGAGAACGAGCGGUUGCGUCUCUGCGCGUUCGUUAGCUGGAACCUAAUUGGCUGGGUGCAGGCUUCAUUGAAGGCCCCGCCCACGUGCACUUAUCAAGCCUGGCCCGGCGCUGACAGCCGCACUGUCGCUUCAAGUCCCGGCGGACGCUCAACUCCGACAUUCAGCAGCUGCAACCGGAGACAAAACGAACCGAGCUGCGGGGAUCCGGAUUAAAAAGGUCAAACUGGACUCCACGUCCAGGAGACGUGAGGGAAUUCAUUUAAACACCAGCCGCCUCGCGCUGCUAAUGGACUCACUGAACAGACUGUGAAAACAGAGAAACAGCUCUAAAGCAAAAGUCUGUCUUCUUGCCUCCAACUUGCUGAAACCAGAGGAGGACAGAAAUGGAUGUUGCGGCUGACCAGCCCCGCUGGCUGCAUCACCACCCCGUGCUAAACCACGGACAGCACCCGGACUCCCACCACCCUGGCCUGGGCCACAACUACAUGGAGCCCGCAGCUCAGCUGCUUCCUCCAGAUGAGGUGGACGUUUUCUUUAACCACCUGGACUCGCAGGGAAACCCGUAUUACCACAACUCUGCCAGGGCCCGGGUGUCCUACAGCCAGGCGCACGCGCGCCUGACGGGGACUCAAGUGUGCCGGCCUCAUCUCCUUCACAGUCCGGGCAUUUCCUGGCUGGACGGGGGGAAAGCUGCUCUGUCUGCGCACCACCACAACGCCUGGGCCGUCAGCCCCUUCAGCAAGCCCAGCCUGCACCACCCGGGCUCCGCGUCCCCCGGCGCGCUCUCCGCCGUUUACCCGUGCAACAGCAACUCCAGCGCGGUGUCCGCGUCCACCCUGACCCCGCCGUCCCACCCCAGCUCCCAUCUGUACGCUUUCCCCCCCACGCCACCAAAGGACGUGUCUCCGGAUCCGGGGGCCGCGUCUCCGUGCUCCCCGGUCACCAGGAUGGACGAAAAGGACUCUAUUAAAUAUCAAAUGCCCGAAAGCAUGAAGAUGGAGGGAUCCAGUCCUCUGCGGAGCAGCCUAUCCUCGAUGAGCGCCCAGACUCCCUCCACGCACCACCCCAUCCCCACCUACUCCCCCUACUCCCUCCCAGCGGCCCACGAGUACGGCGGCAGCCUGUUCCACCCGGGCAGCCUGCUGGGAUCCCCGUCCAGCUUCAAGAACAAAGGCAAGACACGCUCCUGCACCGGCCGCGAGUGUGUGAACUGUGGGGCAACGUCUACACCUCUGUGGAGACGUGACAGCACUGGACACUACCUGUGCAACGCCUGCGGCCUCUACCAUAAGAUGAACGGCCAGAACAGACCUCUCAUCAAACCCAAACGCAGGCUGUCUGCGGCCAGACGAGCGGGCACAUGCUGCGCCAACUGUCAGACGACCACCACCACACUCUGGAGGCGCAACGCGAGCGGAGAUCCGGUGUGCAACGCCUGUGGCCUUUACUACAAACUUCAUAAUGUGAACCGGCCCCUCACCAUGAAAAAGGAAGGGAUACAGACACGCAACAGGAAGAUGUCCAACAAAUCUAAAAAGAGCAAGCGGGGCGGCGACGCCUACGAAGAGUUUACUAAAAGCCUGCACGACAAGAACUCUCCUUUCAGUGCCGCUUCUCUGGCCAGUCACAUGUCCAUGAGCCAUUUGCAGCCUUUCAGCCAUGCUGGACACAUGCUCCCCACGCCCACGCCUAUACACCCGUCCUUCAGCCACCCCCACCACUCCAACAUGGUGACUGCAAUGGGCUGAGAGGAAGAGGAGCCAGGCCUGAGCGGAUGGGGACUUGGAGGGCGAUGAGAGACUGAGUGGAGCGCAUCUUGCUUGGUGGUGCAGACGGAGGGGGUCUUUACUUUGUGAUUGUAAGAAAGGAAGAGCUUUUAGUAAUGAUGGUACCAAAUUUAACGGAGAAAGAUUUUGGCUUCCUGUUGUGCAGACACAAGCUCAGAGAGCGCCACAGCGCCUCAUGGUCUGGUCUCCACUGACGCCCUGACUGCUCACAAAUGGGAAGUUUUCUAAUUAGUGUUAAUAUUGUAAAUAUGUCUCAGGAGGGAGGGUCUCUGACACAAAACUGCCCUUCACUACUAAAUAAUGUGAUUUUGUUGUUUUGCUCAUGGACAUUUUUUAAGCAGUUUUUCACUUGGCAAAUAAAAAAUGUUUAUGAAUUCUGAUUUUACACUGUCUAUUAUAAGUUUUAUAAUAAUUAAUAUUGUUAUGCAGAUAAUUUAUUUUAACUAUUGUUUAGCUCCUGAGGCUGUUAUACCAGAUCUGAGUAUAUUUUUUAGCCGAAGCGCCACAUUCAUGAUCUCAAGGAAUAAAGAGAUUGUUCCUAUUGUUCUCUCCGCUCUGCUUGUUCUGUGUCAGUCUGAGAUAGAAAGGUUCAAUAUGCUAAUGAGGAAUGUGCAAAUAACAAGUCAAAGCAUCAAACGCUUUUAUUUACCUAAAAUGUAGGAAACUUUGUUCUCUUUUCAGUUGAGCCUAACCGGGGUAACAGAUCUUCUAAGCGAAUGCAAAUGUUUUAUCUUCAUUCUUCAAACCAUAAUCACUCAUGAGGAGGGAGCACAUGCGUGCUUCCAGCUGCCUGUCACUAAAAGCUGAACGUCUGAUUGCCAUUGCAUACUGUUGAUUUCAAAAUAAAAAUGUAUCUAAUCUGAA